AUAUACCAGUUCAAAUUCAAAUACACAAAAGAAGGAGCCACUAUGGAUUUUGACAGCAGUAGUACAAGCUUCGAAAGUGGGACAAACAGUGAAGAUAUUAAGAAAGCCAGUGUUCUACUGAUCCGUAAAUUAUAUAUACUGAUGCAGAACCUUGGACCCCUUCCUAAUGAUGUUAUACUUACUAUGAAACUCCACUACUAUAAUGCGGUGACUCCACAUGAUUACCAACCCCCUGGUUUUAAAGAAGGGGUAAACUCACACUUCCUGCUGUUCGAGGGGGAGCCUGUAAACCUGCAAGUGGGAUUGGUCUCCACUGGCUUUCAUAGUAUGAAAGUAAAAGUCACAACUGAGGCCACCAGAGUAUCUGAUUUGGAGAACAAUCUCUUUCAGGAGAACAGCACUACUGAGAUUGUUCAUCAGGGUCUAGACUUCGAUGAAGAAGAAGAGGAAUGCAACAAUCAUGUAAGGCAAAACUUUAUCGAGCCUCCAUUGCUUCAGUUAAACACAGCUAACAUUUUUAAUUCCCUCAUAGGUUAUAUCACAGUAAUAGUCCAAUGGAGUAUGUCAGGUAUAAAAACUAAAACAAAAUUAGCCUCUGACCUCAGGGAGUCUUUAUUGUAAAAAAAGUACUGUACUGUAAAAAAAGGGAAUAUACUUUGAAAUUGUCCAUGAUUACAAGAAAAAAAAAAGACCUUCCAAUAUACUUCUUUUAGAAAAGGUACCCAUAAACUUAGAAAAUUUGGGAUUUUCUUUUUUUCAUUUAUAGGUAACAUUUUUAGGAUUUAAAAAAUAUUCUAGGUAUUCAUUCUCACUGGAAAUAUAAAGUUCUUGAUUACUGGGAUAAUUGAGUGGAAGGAGGUUGGGGGAGAAAAAAGUUAUAGAUAAACUCAAGUCAGAGUAAAAACAAAAUGAUAGUCAACUAUUGGUUAUGUAGAGAGAGACAAGCUUUGGGGCUAGGUCUCUGGGGAAAGCCAGGGGUCUGGGGCGUUUGGAACCACUGGAGCCAAAUGGGUAGGGCUCUGAGCCCUUUACUUUCCUACUUCCUCCAGUAGAGACUUGGGAGUUGAGUACUUGCUAGGGCCCCACUGUCCUAGGUAAAUCCACAUCCUGUCAUCUGGGUAACAAAGUUUACUGUAUGUCAAUAUUGUAUUAAAAGGGUUCUGAGUUAGACAUAAAAAUUUUCAGACUGCUUAAUAGGAGGUGAUGCUAUAAAAUCUUUUCAGGAGCUAUUUUCAAAUUAGGAUGCUAAUUUAUUUGCUUGAGAUAAUUUGAGUCCUACUUAAAGAGAUGACUGUAGUAAAUAACUUUUGAAGGUUCUUUCUGAUUCUUUAAAUCUGUGUUAUAUUUAAUAUAUUGAAAGGAGGUCUUAAUUAAUAUAAAUAAUAUAACCAAACAAACAGGAUUUUUUUUCAUCUUUAGUAUUUUCACAAUGUCACACAUGCUAAUGGCUUUAGAGUUUGAUGCAAUUUUCUUCUGAUCCUGUUCCAGAAAGAUAUAGUUAACAUAGGCUGGUUUUAAAAAAAAAUAAAGGUUAAGAAAAGAAUGGGCAUGUUUCAACUGG